AUGGCUUCCCUUCUAGGGUCCAAGUCUAUGGUCCAGCCUUGUAUCCUGUUGAUUGUGCUGGUCAUGCUGCAACGCGCCUCCGCCCAGAUGUGCUCCUUCUGGGAGUCCGGAUGUAUCGACCCCCUCGCCCAAACCGCCGUUCCGAUGGACUUCUCGCCGCUAUUCCCAGACCCGAUCACCUUCUAUUAUGCCUUCGAUGAACUUUCCUCGGGCAAGGGCAAGGGACCGAUGACCAAAACCAGUUAUUGGCUGCGAUAUCACGAUCGGAAGAUCAACAAGGAUCAGGUGACGUCAAAUCGGACGUCCGAGGUUGCCUUGCGUGUGGGCAAUCUAACCGGUACACCGUCGGGAACUACAAACGGCUGUGACGGGAUUUGGGGGAAUCCUUGCUCUCAGGAUAUCAAAGGUGCUCUGCAGCAUACCAUCUUCCGGCUCGCUACGUCGGGCGAGUAUUAUUCGAAGCCUCUUGAGGCAAGCCUGGCGCUCAUGAUGGUGUAUCCUCCUCACCUUCCAAAUUGCGGAGCUCCCAUCUUUGAUGUAGCAUCUAUUCCUGUGCAGGAUUUUGCCAAAGAGAGAAUCCCAGGUCCCAAUGUCACCGUCAUGCCUCCGGGCUCGAGUAACCGCCCGUGGCAGGUUUUGUACAUUGAUGGCAUGACCUCCCAUCAGCAAGCUUCUCAAGUCGCAGUGGGAAUUAUUGCUCGCUCACCAACAUAUAAUAGCCCGCCGCCGCUCACGCCUGAUGAGAUCCAGGUAGAGCUAGUGUGUCUUCAGGCUCCGCAAGGGCCGCCAGUCGGGCCUUCAAAGGGAUCAUGA